GUCACAUGACUUUUAAACCAUCAAUAUGAUCAUGUGACAAAGGGAAGUGUUUUGCUUAGCCGAAGACCCUGCAACUGAGCUAAACCCAUAGGAAGAGAUCCAGGUCAUAAGUCUGUGAGAAUGAUGAAGAAAACGCUGAGGUUUCUCCUGCUGCUGACUGUCCUGGAGUCAACGCAGUCAAGGGGUUGCUCGAGUUUUUUCUGCCGAAAAUCUCACCGUGUCAGCGAACACAAAGGAGCCGACCCUGGAUCGCCGCUCUUUCUCACCCCAUACAUUGAAAAGGGAAACAUCGACGAGGCCAGGAAGUUGAGUCUUGUGGGACCUCUGCCUGGAGCCAAUGUCAAGAGUUAUGCUGGAUACCUCACUGUCAACAAGAAAUACAACAGCAACCUCUACUUCUGGUUCUUCCCAGCACAGGAAACACCAGAAACGGCCCCAGUCCUUCUAUGGCUACAAGGAGGUCCAGGGGGCACUUCAAUGUUUGGCCUCUUUGUUGAACAUGGACCUUACAUGGUUCAUAAGAACCUUACAGUGGGCUUCAGAGACUAUCCGUGGACAUCUAGAUACUCGGUUGUGUACAUUGACAAUCCAGUAGGGACAGGCUUUAGCUUCACGGACGAUGACAGGGGCUUUGCUCAGAACCAGGAUGACGUCGGCAGAGAUCUCUACAGCGCAUUGACCCAGUUCUUCCAGAUCUUUCCAGAGUAUCAGUCCAAUGAGUUCUAUGCCACUGGAGAGUCCUAUGCAGGAAAGUAUGUUCCAGCCAUUGGUUACUACAUCCAUAAGAACAAUCCCUCAGCUAAGGUGAAGAUCAACUUUCAAGGUGUGGCUAUCGGCGAUGGCCUGUGCGAUCCUGAGCUAAUGCUGGGCGGCUACGCAGACUUCCUGUACCAGACAGGCAUGGUGGACGAGCUGCAGAGGGAGUACGUCAUCCAGCAAACAGACAACGGGGUGCAGUUCAUCCAGCAGCAGAAAUGGGUCGAAGCCUUCGAGGUCUUUGACAGCUUGCUGAACGGAGAUGUGCAACCUUACCCCUCCUUCUUCCAGAAUGCCACGGGCUGCACCAACUAUUUUAACUACAUGCAGUGCCAGGAGCCGGAAGACCAGGGGUAUUUCUCCCAGUUUGUGACGCUGCCCGCCGUGCGCCGUUCGAUCCACGUGGGGAACUUGACGUUCCACGACGGCUCCCUGGUGGAGAAACACCUGCUGGAGGACGUCAUGAAAAGCAUCAAACCCUGGCUGGGCGUGCUCAUGGACAACUACAGGGUGCUGAUCUACAGCGGGCAGCUGGACGUGAUCGUGGCGGCCCCCCUGACGGAGCGCUUCCUGCCCACGGUGAACUGGACGGGCGCCGAGGAGUACAAGAGAGCUCCACGUUUCCACUGGAAGAUCCAGCCCAUCGACACGGAAGUAGCGGGCUACGUCCGCCAAGUGGGAGAGUUCUACCAGGUGAUCAUACGCGGGGGAGGACACAUACUGCCGUACGACCAACCGGAGAGGUCGUUUGACAUGAUUGACAGGUUCCUCUCGACGCAGGGCUGGUUCUGAGGUGGGACUGCACAGGAACACGGUGGAUCGGAGUUCCUCCCUUAAACGCCAUGUCAGGAAGAGUAGUAGCAGAUGAUUUCGUACUUUGUCAUUUGACACCCAAUAUAAGCGUAGUGAAUCAACGCAUCCUCCUUUGCCUCCAGAUUGAGAAAUCAGUAAAUGCUGUUCGAUGACCUGUUCUGCAAAUUAACAUUUGGGCUCUCUGUUUUUCUGGAUGUGCCUGAAUCCGAGUACAUUUUGAUUGUAUGUUUUAAAAGGGUACUGGGUGGGGAAAGACUGUUGCACAUGAUCGAUAUAUUUUUUAAUAACGAGGUUGACAUGCUUUGUUAUUUCAAUAAAAUCAAAAUAGAAAUUG